AAUUGUAAAAAAAAAAUUAAUAUAGAAAAGUAGAAUUAUUUAUAAUUAUUUAAAAAUAAUUUUGAUUUUAUAAAGUUUUCAAUUGAUGAUAAGAAUAUAGUAGGGCUACUUAUAACUAUAUAAUUUGUAUCCUUAUAUGAAUUAUAUAUAGUGUUCUUACGGUAAGUGUAUUUUGCUUCCUUAGGGGUAGCACAUCGCCCCUUGGAAUCAGCAUAGAUCAAAUACACCUUUCGUUCGCUGAUUUCGUCUUGGAUAGCACUCUCCCCAAAUCCUUAUUUCACGAUCUUCAUAACCUUCUACGCUUCGUGCUGCCAGCACCAAAAGGCACUUCUCAUUAUUAUGAAGACCAUAGAUACACCACACAACGACAAUGAUUCCUCGGCCGAUAGCCCUUCCAACUCGGGAGAUUCCAUAGCCAAGAAAUUGGAGAAUGCAAUCCGGAACAACCUCUUUGACGAUGUAAAGAGAGCUUUGGACUCCAGAGAUGAUCUAGUUGAGAUGCUUUUGGAAUACGAGUUCACCCAGUACUGUAAAACUGAGACGCUCAAAGUCACUCCAUUGGCUCUGGCAUCAGUAUUUAGUGAGCUUUCGAUCGUCAAUUUUCUUUUGGAUCGAAAUGCGACAGUAGAUCAGACAGGGCCGCCGCUCUUUCUUACCCCAUUACAUUUUGCAUCCAUAAAUGGCAGAAAAGAUAUAGUUGCCCGUAUUUUAGAGGCACGCGCCGAUCCUAGCUUGCAGGAUAAUGAUGGCAAUACGGCAUUUCACCAUGCUUCCCAAUAUGGCCAUCUGGAGACCCUACAGAUUCUUUACCAACAAGGUUCACGGGAGCAUAUUAAUCAGGCGAACAAGCGUCACAAUGCACCACUGCAUCUAGCAAGUGGGUAUGAUCAUCCCGAAACUGCAAAAUGGUUGUUAGAUUCGGGAGCAGCAAUCAAUCAGGCAGGAGAAUCUGCGGCGACCCCGUUAUCAUUGGCGUGCGGGGGUGGAUGCGUCAACACUGUUCGUAUGCUUCUUGAUAGAGGGGCUGACAUUCACAAGAGAAACAAUUAUUCUUUCACCCCUAUUCUACUUGUAUGUUUAAAUCCGCAUCUAGAAAUCUUCAAGAUGCUCAGAGACCAAGGUGCACUGAUUUCAGAUGUUACGUCAAACAAAGAUACCUGUUUUCACCAAAUCAUAGAUAGUAGCCAGGGAUUUACAAACGACUCCAAAGAAAUCAUCAACGGACUGAUAGGUGGAGGCGGAAAUAUCAACCAGCCCAACAUUCAUGGCUGUCCACCUCUGCACUCUGCCUGCAGACAGGAAAAACUCAAAUUUGUCGAGUACCUUAUUAGGCUUGGUGCCGAUGUCAACCAGGUUAGAUCUCAAGGUAAUAUUACUGCUCUAAUGGAAGCUUGUUGUCAGCAGGAUAGUCGAAUCACCAAAGUGCUCUUGCAAUAUAAUGCCGAUACUACAAUAGCGAAUAAUCAUGGAGUGACCGCCCUGACAUUAGCCGUUUUUUUUGACCAUCUGGAAAAUGUGAAACUACUCAUAAAAAAUGGUGCGAACGCCGUAGUUCAUGCUAAAGACGGAAGCACACCCGUUCAGGUCGCCAUUAAGGAGAAAGGAAACGUUAAAACUGCGAUUGAAGUCUUAGCUGCAAAAGAAUACUACCCCCAAAAUCCAUCACAAAAAUUCCAUUACAUGGAGCGCGCUGCCGAUGUUCCCGAAAUUGAAGCCGGACUACUGAAGGGCUUCGAAAGCGGUAAGUAUGAGACACUGGAGCAGCUUUACAUCCUCAUGUAUUGGGCAAUCUCUAAUGGUGCCCUCGAACUGGCUACUAAGUGCAUUGAUCACAAUGAGCAAGUACUUCAAUGGAUCCGAGAAGGGGCUACUUGGCUUCACAUAGCCUCCAAAAGCGGUACGCUUAAAGUCACACAGCUUCUCCUUGAUAGGAUGACGAAUCAACAAGACCAGCCAGAUCGACCAGACGAAUUGGCGAAAGUUGAGUUCAUCCUACAGCAGAAUAGCCUGGGCGACUCACCUUUGACUAUAUGUAUUGAUCGAGGGCAUCAUCAACUGGAGGAAGAGUAUUGGUCUAAAAUUCGACAACUUCACACCUCUGGCAACAGUUUCGUAGAAUCAUACCCAGCUGUUGUAGAUCGAAUCCUCGAGUUACUAGCCACAUAUGAAAAGCCUGGGCAUGAAACUAUCUUGGGAGAAUUUCUACACAAGGAAGGUGUCCAAAAUUCAAAACACUUUACAACUCUCCAUUGGGCAGUCUAUGGAUCUCAGGCCGUUGUGGUGUGGUGGUUAUUGUCAAAGAACGGAUACUCUUCCGACGACGUAAAGAGCGCCUUAAAGCUUGUACCAGACACACGUGUAUCUCGUGACAUCCGAUCUCUGGUUCGCAAAUUACUCGAGAACCCACCACCGGCUCUUGACCGCGUUGCAAACCCGAACAAAAAUCACAUACAUAGAUCUUCAAAACAUGUAGACAAGAUCGAUGAGUUAGGGAGCAUUGUUGACAUUAUUUCUGGUGGUCAAACUAUCAAAAUUCCAUACGAUAAGGCCAGUGUUUACGAUAUAAUUUAUGGAAAGGGUCCAGAGUCUAUAAUGAAGAAAGCCAGAAAAGAUUUGCGCCAAAGGGAUUUAGAUUCACUGAAGAAGGCUUUGGGACAGACCCGUCUGGAGCAAGACAGGAGGAGCUAUGCUUCUUGUUCAGGUGGUACUGCUGCUCAGUGCUCUAGUUCUCUGCGCCCGGUGGAGUCUACAUCAUCUGAGCAUGACAAAUAUGACAACGAAGAAUCUUCGGGUGACACUCCUCGUGAUUUGCGUCUUCGUUGGAUUCAUCUCCCAGUCAAUCAGGUAAGACUUUUUAUUUCGCAAAACCACUAGCUCCCCAGUAGUGCUGAUAAAAGGAAAAAUUGAUAGUUACAUUUGAUGCAAGUAAGUCGUAUUAAUGACCUUUUUUUUUAAACCACAAACCUCUUAUGAUAUCUCUUUAAGGACCUCGUGAGUCGGCUAUCGCAUGAUUCAAAGCGUUCGGAGACAGAAUAUAUGGCUAUAAUGAAACACUUCAACAGAAGCUGGACCGCAUUAGCAGCGGGCGCUGGACGCUAUUAUAUGAAACCUCAAUUUGUGGUAUGUAUUGCAAAACUACGUUCAUAAUGGUAUUGAGAGCUCACCAUCUUUUCCUUGGUAGCGCAAGCAGGAAAAUGAUACCCAAAAUUUGGCCGGUGAUUCAGGUGGCAAUCAAGUACCAAGGAAAUCCAACACUGGAUUUUGCACGGCACUCUACGUAUGUAGCUGCAUAAUUUCCUCUUUUGAUAAUGAUGCAAGAUAUUUACCAUUAUCGUUAAUAGAUGCCAUAUCUUACUAUAGGGACCUAUAUUUCCGGAGAGGAUAAAUCUGCCACCACUGCAAACCACUUAGAUUCUGAUAAAUCUACCAAAGAACGCAACUCGAGAGAAGUUAUACAUGAGCCCAUAACUCUCGAUCAGUAUUACUAUCCAACUAUUGCCAACACCUCUGCGAGAGACAAUGAUCAGGUACUGUCGAAAUUCUUACAGAGUAAACGCAAACAACAUGAAGGUGUUAAGCAACUGGGUAAGUUAAGUACUAAAACAAUGAUGGUGAUUAAACUAACAACCACCCAGGCACAAUGACCAAGAAGAAGAUUCUCAUAGUAAAUCAGCUUUGGAUUUGGAUCAUUGAUGAGAGUAUGAUUGAUGAUGCCGAUACAAAUUUGCAUGUCAUCCAAUUAAUUUAUGUUCAGAAACAAUCAUCACUGCCACAUCAGAAAAGUUCAAUCAGAAUUCCUCACAAAGUAUUCAACUUGAUCCAAAAUCCUCAGGCGGCCUCCUUCAAACUGCACUAAAUAAUAUACUUAACGGCGAGGCCAAAGGCCGGUUUGAACGCGCUACAACUGCGCAUUCCGUUAUGGAGCUUCUCCUUGGGGCUGCGACCGGGUCUUUCAUGGAUCCUUCUGUGGAAAUUUUCAACGAAAAAUCGAAGGGGCCAAUCGAGAUAUUUCGAGAGUCAAUCAGGGAUGUGGUCUGUACUGCACCCCCGUGAGAGAAUGAUAAUAGUUUCGACUAACAUAGUGUGGUAGGCCGACAAAGAAAAUUCCCUGUUCCGAGAUUUCCUCCGGGGUCUACACGAAGCAGAAAAAAAAAAGGGACAACUCCCCGAUGAAGAGGUCGACCCCAAUUCACCAGCGACUAGACCGGCAUCUCUAAAUCGAUAUCAUGUUAUCUCGUCUGAGACCGAACUUCUUGACAUGAUACGAGAUAUUCGUGACGAACUUCAUAUGCUAAGCUCUUUAGCAGAGGACCAAGAAUUUGUUUGGAAGCAGGCUUUUGCUACUAAUAAUUUGAUGAACUUGAACUUUUAUACACCUACCGAUAUUAAAAAGGAUCUGAAAAACAUGCUCUCUGAAGCUGACAAAACCGAAAACUAUGUCAGUAUUACCCGUUACAAGGAAUUUAUUUUCUCAGCUAAAUUCAACCAAGAUCAAUAACCUUCUCGAUUUGCGACAGGCCGAAUUUGGUCGAUUACAAGCUUACGACUCCGCGAAACAAUCCAACAUUAUCUUCAUCUUCACUAUCAUCACUAUUAUUUUUGUAAGUCUUUAUUGUCAGUUAUCUCAUCGGGGGAAAGGGUUACAAGCAUAGCUAAUGAUCAUACUUACCCAUUAAGCUCCCUCUAUCAUUUCUCACGUCUCUGUUCGCACUAGACGUAUCUGACUUUCCCCAUGAAUCCGGAAGCGUAAAGUACAAAGCAUGGUGGUUAUUCCCCAUUCUCCGUAAGUACGUCUUGAAGCAGAGGCAUUCCAACCGUUAACAAAAUGAGUAGUUGGUGCGACGGCACUUGUCUCUAUUCCGACUAUCAUUUUGGCAUGGAAUGUAAACGCUCUCUCGGGAAAGUUUCGACCGCGAAAUAAUAUUGCCAGUGAAUCUAGCGAAACAUCUACGCGUGCGCAAAACGCGAAAAGAGGUCUGAGGGAUCUUCGACGGAGAGCUCGGAAACAGGAUAAACAUGCUGUUUAAUUAUAUAAGAGGUUCGUUAACGGGUAACCUCACUUGGGGGUAAUGUAAAGAACCCAGCUUAGUACCAAGUUCUCUCUUAAGAUCCUCUGUGUUGUUGAGUUUCAUCACGUGAGCUUUCACCAGAUUGGAGUUCUAUUACGUGACCGCUUAUAAGCGUUUCCCGCUAGUAACUCAUGUGAGAUCCGAAGUAGCUAACCUCG